AUGCCUCAAUACGAAGAAACGUGGUCGUUUUGGCCCACCUCCCCACCAUGGAACUUCCGCAACCAUAUGAUCCAGUGCGUUGUCGUCCUCCGCCUCCUCUCCGUCACCGGUGUACACCUCCUCCUCGGAGUCGUCACCGCUCCCCUCCUCCGAAUCCCCCUCUUCCUCCUCGGCAUCCCCCUCCUCUUCCUCAUCGGCAUCCCCCUCCUCUUCCUCCUCGGCAUCCCCCUCCUCUUCCUCCUCGGCAUCCCCCUCCUCUUCCUCCUCGGCAUCCCCCUCCGCUUCCUCGUCCUUCUCUUCGUCGGCCGCCACCAUCUCCUCAUCCGCCUCAUCCUCGUCACCAUCCGCGCGAGCACCACCGUCAUCAUCGCCAUCGUCCCCUACUGCACCACCGUGCCGUUCGCGAUCCUCUCCAUCAACCCCUCCUCCACAUUAUCAUCACAAUGA